GGGGCUGGAGCUUUCUCUGUCAAAGUACUGCACUGCACACUCACCAGGACAGAACAAAGGUCGUUUUCCUCAAGGAGCUGAGCCAGGUGAAGUGCGUGUUAAGUGGAGACCUGGCACUCUUUAACUUGAAAACGCUCCGGCUUUAUCGUAGCCAUUAUCGGGGCGAGGCUCUGACACCGUCUAUUGACAAUGAGUCAGAAAUGAGCCUCGAACCAAGAGAUCCUUACAUGCGCAGAUCACUCACUCUGCUUUCGUGAGCUGGAAGGGUAAAGUGAAGCGAGGAAUCGGAAAACUCAUUCAUUUUUUUUAAGUUUUCAACACUUGAGCAGACACAACAGGACCGACAAUGCCCAAGCCAGUCAAUGUCCGCGUCACUACAAUGGACGCCGAGCUGGAAUUUGCCAUCCAGUCAGUCACUACAGGCAAACAGCUUUUCGAGCAGGUGGUGAAGACAGUGGGUCUGCGUGAGGUGUGGUACUUUGGGCUACAGUAUAUGGACAACAAAGGAUAUCUCACCUGGCUGAAAUUGGAGAAAAAGGUUUUAUCUCAGGACAUGAAGCGAGAGAACCCCCUGCAGUUUAUGUUCCGGGCUAAGUACUUCCCCGAGGAUGUGGCUGAAGAGUUGAUCCAGGACAUCACCCGCAAGCUCUUCUUCCUGCAGGUGAAAGAUGGCAUCUUGAGCGACAAUAUCUACUGCCCCCCAGAAACAGCUGUACUGCUGGCCUCCUACUCGGUGCAGGCCAAGUUUGGAGACUUCUCCAAGGAGACCCACAAAGCUGGCUACCUCACAUCUGAACGGCUGCUACCCCAGAGAGUGCUUGACCAACACAAACUCUCCAAAGAGCAGUGGGAAGAGAGGAUCCAGGUUUGGCAUGAGGAACACAGGGGCAUGCUAAAGGAAGAUGCCAUGCUGGAAUACUUAAAAAUUGCACAAGACCUGGAGAUGUAUGGAGUCAACUACUUUGACAUUAAGAAUAAGAAAGGAACAGAACUGUGGCUGGGUGUGGAUGCUCUUGGACUGAACAUCUAUGAGAAAGAUGACAAACUGACACCGAAGAUUGGGUUCCCUUGGAGCGAAAUCAGGAACAUAUCAUUCAAUGACAAGAAGUUUGUCAUCAAACCCAUCGAUAAAAAGGCUCCCGACUUUGUGUUCUAUGCUCCUCGCCUGCGCAUUAACAAGCGUAUCCUACAGCUCUGUAUGGGUAACCAUGAGCUCUACAUGCAGCGCAGGAAGCCUGACAGCAUCGAGGUGCAGCAGAUGAAAGCUCAGGCCAGAGAGGAGAAGCACCAGAGGCAACUGGAGAGAGCCAUGCUGGAAAAUGAGAAGAAGAAGAGAGAAAAUAUUGAGAGAGAAAAGGAAGAGAUGGAGAGAGAGAAGCGAGAGAUGAUGAUGAGACUCUCUCAGUUUGAGGAGCAGGCCAGAAAAGCUCAGAGAGACCUGCAGGAGCAGCUGGAAAGAGCCAGAAGGCUGGAGGAGGAGAGGAGGAAAGUAGAGGAUGAGGCCGCUCGUUUGGAGGCUGAGAGACAGGCGGCUCUGCUGGCUAAAGAGGAGCUAGCCAGGCAGGCUGAGGACCAGGCCAAGAGCCAGGAGCAGCUGGCUGCAGAACUGGCUGAGUACACUGCAAAAAUUGCCCUGCUGGAAGAGGCCAAGAAAGCCAAGGAGGAAGAGGCUAAUGAAUGGCAGAGCAGGGCUAUGGAGGUGCAAGAAGACCUGUUGAAGACCCGUGAGGAGCUGCAGCUGGUGAUGACUGUUCCUCCACCACCGGCUCCAGCCAUGCUCAUGAUGGAGGAUGUCCAGGUGGAGGAGGGAGAGCAUGAUGAUCACGAGGAGAACACGAGGACCUACAGUGCUGAGCUCUUGGUAGAGACCAUCAAGGACAACCGCAAUGAGGAGGAGCGUCUCACAGAGGCCGAGAAGAACGAGCGCGUUCAGAGACAGCUCAUGGCCCUGAGCUCAGAGCUGGCAGACGCGCGAGAUGACACCAAGAAGACCCAGAAUGAUAUCCUGCACAUGGAGAACAUGCGUGCCGGGAGGGACAAGUAUAAGACCCUGCGUCAGAUCCGCAUGGGCAACACCAAGCAGAGGAUAGACGAGUUUGAAGCCUUGUAGAGACUGAUAACAUCUUUGAAUAACCUCAGCCAUGGCAAACACCCUGCUAGCUUCCUCCACUGCUGUUCUAGGGUGUAUCUGUAAAAAAUGGUUAUCACAAAUGGUUUCACUUUACAAUAGGUGUCCAAGUACCUCUUAUUUAGCCUUUCUUAAUGUUAUUUAAUCAUGGUAGGGCCAUUGGACAGGCUUGCAUGUUUUUUGAAGAUUGCCAUGAAAGGAGAAGGGUAAACUGGAGCAGUUUCAGGAUAAGAGCCUUGCUCAUGGGCACAGUGGUAGCGUUUAGAAGAAGGGCAGAAAGAUCACAAUCUAUCAGACUUUUUACAGUAUACAUACCAUACAUACAUACAUGUUCACCAUAAAUAUAAGUUUUUACUUGAAAAGUAGAAGUGUUCAGCAUCCCUUAUUAUUAUUAGUUAUAUUGUUAUUAUUAUUUGGUGGCGAAUUGGACCGGACUUGGAUUCGGACUUCAGUCGGGAUCACAUUCAUGGUAAUCGUGCCACAGCCUUUUAAAACAAAAUAAUUUUAUAUAGUUGCCAAUAAGUUCCUUUUUUGCUGUUCUUUUUAGCGCUAAUGGCUGCCACCCUGAGUUUGCUUUAGGAAGUGCAUCACCCUGACAGAGAUUAUAUAAUGCUGGUGAAAGUUUAAGACGCUGAAUAGACGAAUUCAUUUACUUUCACUCGGAAUGGAAAAAAAAUGAAGGACAGGCGUUUCUUGAUUAUUUGAUCAUCCGAGCUUUUUCUUAAUGAAGUGCUGCAUGUGUGUAAAUUGUUUAGCACAUCUUUGUGAAUUUUGUCUUUGAUUUAAAAUGCUUCUGUCAUAAAAUAUCACGGAAACAGCUCGUGCCAUUCAUACAACCCUUCACACACAUUUUUGUGCCACAUGAACCAAAGAGGUGUUCGCAGAGGAUUUUCUGGCCUUUUUUAAAAAAAAAUAAAGAACCACAAUCCUGGCGCUGUCUGGUAAAAGCACCGUACGUUUGUAAAUGCCGUUUUAUUCUCAAGUUUGGAGGCAGUUUUCUCUUUUUUCUCGUUUUGUCCUCCAGCUGUAAGAUGAAGAUCCACUCUGACGCGCGCGCUCGUGUUCAGCGCGUUGUAAAAGGCAAAUUGUAAUUCAAAAGAAGCGCGUGCGCGCGCGUACAAAGGGACGCUGCUAUUGACUGAAGGACUGAAGGACCAGAUCACUAAUUAUGUUGCUAGACAACAACUUAGGACGCCUGGAAACCAUAUCAGUUGAAAUAUAUGCCCGGUCAACAGUGCGGCGUUCAGUGCAUCUGUGCAACGCGCUGAGUUUCUGUGGAAAAAAAAAAUAAAUAAAAACGUUUCAGAAGCCAUCAGGCUAUUAGGAACAAGAGCAAUUCAA